AUUCAAACCGCUGUUAGCCCCGCCCCCGGAUGAACCUUUAAAUAGGAGUGAUCGGUACUGCUGCAUCACACACUGCUUCCAACAGCCGAUCCUUGAACGUCGGAGAAAAGGAGACAGAUAGCUAAAAAAUGCGUGAGUGUAUUUCUAUGCAUGUCGGCCAGGCCGGUGCCCAGAUGGGCAAUGCAUGCUGGGAGCUCUACUGCCUGGAGCACGGCAUCCAGCCUGACGGUCAGAUGCCCAGUGACAAGACGAUUGGAGGAGGAGAUGACUCCUUUAACACGUUCUUCAGCGAGACCGGAUCUGGGAAGCAUGUUCCCAGAGCCAUCUUUGUGGAUCUGGAACCAACAGUGAUUGAUGAAGUUCGCACAGGAACUUAUCGGCAGCUCUUCCAUCCGGAGCAGCUGAUCACCGGCAAAGAGGAUGCAGCCAACAACUACGCCCGGGGUCACUACACUGUCGGCAAGGAGAUCAUCGAUCUGGUUCUGGACAGGACUCGCAAACUGGCCGACCAGUGCACAGGUCUCCAGGGUUUUCUCAUCUUCCACUCCUUUGGAGGAGGAACUGGCUCUGGCUUCACCUCCCUGCUAAUGGAACGUCUGUCUGUUGACUACGGCAAGAAGUCCAAGCUGGAGUUUGCCGUUUAUCCAGCUCCUCAGGUGUCCACAGCUGUGGUGGAGCCCUACAACUCCAUCCUGACCACCCACACUACCCUGGAGCACUCAGACUGUGCUUUCAUGGUGGACAACGAAGCAAUCUAUGAUAUCUGCCGCAGGAACCUGGACAUCGAGCGUCCUUCUUACACCAACCUGAACAGGCUGAUCGGACAGAUUGUGUCCUCCAUCACUGCCUCCCUGCGCUUCGAUGGAGCCCUGAAUGUAGAUCUCACAGAGUUCCAGACCAACCUGGUGCCUUACCCCAGGAUCCACUUCCCCCUGGCCACCUACGCCCCGGUCAUCUCCGCAGAGAAGGCCUAUCACGAGCAGCUUACUGUGGCUGACAUCACAAACGCCUGCUUCGAACCAGCCAAUCAGAUGGUGAAGUGUGACCCCCGCCAUGGGAAAUACAUGGCCUGCUGCCUGCUGUACAGAGGUGAUGUCGUACCCAAAGAUGUCAACUCUGCCAUCGCCACCAUCAAGACCAAACGCAGCAUCCAGUUUGUGGACUGGUGUCCCACUGGGUUUAAGGUUGGCAUCAACUACCAGCCGCCCACCGUGGUUCCUGGAGGGGACCUGGCUAAGGUGCAGCGAGCCGUGUGCAUGCUGAGCAACACCACAGCCAUCGCAGAGGCCUGGGCCCGACUCGACCACAAGUUUGACCUGAUGUACGCCAAGAGGGCCUUCGUCCACUGGUACGUCGGAGAGGGCAUGGAGGAGGGAGAGUUCUCUGAGGCCAGGGAGGACAUGGCUGCCCUAGAAAAGGAUUACGAAGAGGUGGGAACUGACAGCGUUGGAGAUGAAGAUGAGGGAGAGGAGUACUGAAGUGUUCUGGCAGUUUUCAAUAAGCUUGUAAUACCUCUGUCACAGAGAUCUGUGUGCAGAGAACAGCUUUAUCAUGUCUUCAAAUAAAGUUCCCAAACUCUG